AUGGUGGCCGUGAACCGAAAAAUUGUAGUUUUCACGGAUGUUGAGGACAAACAAGUCCUUGAGGUGAUCAGAGAGGUAGCGGGUGAUGCGGAAACUAUACAGCUCGAAAAGUCUUUCGCUUACGAAUUUAUGUGGCGAGGGAAACACACGCCUUACAGGGUUGGUACCCCCAUGUGUUUUAUUACUGAAAAGACAGUGGAGGAUGCAGAUGUCGUAUUUGCUGUUUAUUCAAAGCGUGUUCCCGUACUUUCGCUUACCACUGGUGGCGAAACCACUAACUUACUUCAGACGAUUUCCUCCCUCGGUAUCGAGUGCAAACAAAAUACUUCAGAGACAUGGGCCGAUGCUGUAAGAGCAUUCUUGCCCAACAAUGACUCAGAAAGUGCCGUAAUUGUUUUUGGGGGUGGAGACGGUGCCGGGAAGGCCACCCAAACGGAGUACAUGCGGAAACGGCUGGAUAAGGAAGGAAAGGCUCACGCUAGUCUUGACUUCCCAUCGGACAAACAUCGAUAUGGGAAGCUCAUUCGCAAAGUCCUAUCAGGUGAAAGAGGCGCUUUACACGGUUUGGAUCCUAAACUGUUCAGUUUGCUUUUUUCCUUGAAUCGCUUUGACACUCUCCCGGAACUCAGGUACUGGUUGACACACGGGAAGAAGAUUCUCCUCGACCGUUACUACACGUCCAACUUUGGUCACCAGGCCUCUAAGCUUGAGGAAAGUGAAAGGAGUGACUUCAUCAGACACCUUGAGCAAUUGGAAUUGGAAUGGCUUAAGCUUCCUCCCCCGGAUGUCGCUCUUUAUCUUGAUUUGCCACCCGCAGCCGCGCUAGUGGCGAUGCAAAGGGAUGAGAAGCGUGAGUCGCUGGACAUUCAUGAGACGGCUGGCCUCUCCUACAAGGAAAAUGUCAGGCAAACUUACGUUUGGUGCUGUCAGAACCAAAGGAAUUGGGUUCAAAUAGAAUGUUGUAACGACGAGGGCGAACGCUAUAGUCGUGAGAAAGUACACGAGAUGAUAUACAAUGCCGUCGCAAAACAUAUUUAA